AUGGGAAAAAGGAAAAAGCGGCAGGCCAUUAAGCUCAGGCUGAAAGGACAACAAGUCCUAAUAAUGGAGGCCAAGCUGAGAGAGAUGGCAGGAGGCCAGUUGGAGAGUCUGAUGGAGACCAUGAGAGCAGAGAUCGCCUCCCAGCCGCCAUUGGAAGGAUCGUACUCUGCACGCCGCGGGGAAUACUGCAUAGCCAAGUUUGCUGAUGGCGAAUGGUACAGAGCCAGAGUGGAGAAAGUUGAGUCACCGGCAAAGGUUCAUGUCUUCUACAUUGACUACGGCAACAGAGAAGUUGUGCCGUCCACUCGUCUGGCUGCCAUCCCCCCUGCCUUCAGCACCAGGACCCUGCCAGCACAGGCCACCGAGUAUGCCUUCGCCUUCAUCCAGAUCCCACAGGACGAGGAUGCCCGUGCGGACGUGGUGGACUGCAUUGUGAGGGACAUCCAGAACAGCCAGUGCCUGUUGAAUGUGGAAUACUCGGGUGUCACCUGCCCACUAGUCACAAUACAGUUUGGGGACACCAAGGACGAUGUGGGCCUGGGCCUGGUCAAGGAGGGCUUGGUCAUGGUGGACGUCCGCAAGGAAAAGCACCUGCAGAAGAUGGUGACAGAGUACCUGAACAGUCAAGAAUCUGCUAAGAGUGCCAGGCUCAACAUUUGGCGCUACGGAGAUUUCCGCGCUGACGAUGCCGACGAGUUCGGUUACAGGCGUUAAAAAAAAAAAAUGGCAAAACACAAAACCGACCAUCCAAUCAACACCAUUCCAAAGACCAACAUGGACGGCGAGUGACGUUUUGGACAGAAGACAAAAUAAAUAAAUGACAAAAAAACUAAACGACAAGCAUUGACUCACUUUUUUUUAUUUGAUAUUUCAUCCCUAUGGUCCUGACUUUUCUUCUCCAGCUAACUCCUGUAGCUCCAAAUAAAGCAUGCAAUGCUAAAAUAAAAAAUAAAAAAGUAAUCAUGUGAGAAUCACUUUCUAUUCAUCCUUUACUUUCCCAAUGGGCUACUGCCAGCUCAAGCAGCCUGCACUAUUGCCAAUCUGUGUUAUUUGCCAUGUUACCUUUUCAGCAGACUUCCUGUGUGAAUGAAAAUAAUUCUGAUACUUACUUGCGUAUGUGUUUCAGCCAAUCAUGUUCUCUUUGCUCUCUUAUGCUCUAGCCCAAUCCCUGCUUUCCUCUGUACAGGAAGGGACCGGGUGUUUGGGGGAGACGCUUGAUUUUUGAAAAACAAAUGCUUCCCUAAUAAAUUUCAUGUAAAUGUGAGGAUAUGUUGAAAAGUGUAAAUGGAUUUAUUUUAGAGAAAUACUGUAGGUGGAGCCACACAGACAAAAAAAAGGAUGAGUUUAUUUUUGUCUUCAAUGUAUAUCUGUGUGAUGAUGACAUUUGCAGAUGUUUUUGUGGGGAGUGUUUUGUCGUUUAUUCACUGUCACACUUUUAUGACCAGUAAACAUUGAUGCCAUCACGUGGCAUUUUAUCAUCUCUCUAUCUCCUUCUGUAAAGUUUACAUUCUAAUAAUGGUUAUGAUCCUGUCUUGGGCAGUCUCUUCUCUUUCUGUCUCUGUAUGCCAUAGCAGAAACAGUGUUUGAAUUUGUUUCCACAUAAUGGACCUUUGCAUUCUAUUAAAAAUCUGCUGAAUAAAAAUAAGCAAACUAAAA